UCGCCGAUUCCCUUUAACAAUACCAAGGCUUAUUAAUCGGCCCCUAACAGCUUCGCUUUGUGCUUUAACGACACGGAUUAACAGGAAAUGUCGCACAGUAGAAGCUGACAUUUCAUCUUCUCGAACCGUUUUUAACGACGCCGCUGUUUUCCUCGGGAGGCUCGCUUUUACCCACCCCAUGUUCCUUCGCCGGCUGAGCUCCUUCGGCUCCUCCUUCCUUCCCCGCAGCCAUCCCGCUCUCUGCAGGGCCGGCUUCAGGAGCAGCUCUGCCUCUUCCCCCUCUGUACCCCAGUUUAUCCCUGCUCCAUAUCCAUGGUGGACGGUGCGGGGAUUUCCCCCCUGGCCUCCACGACUCCCCCACCCCCACCCAACAGCACGUCAGGCUUUGACUGGAAGGACGUUACACCCUCAUAUCAUCAACCCUGGUAACUUCAGUGGUAGUUCGCGUUCAUUUUACACCUCUACUGGCCUCUUAAUGGCGCAGCCCAACAAAGAUCGAGAGCCUCCUUACAAACGGAGGAAGAGUGAAGAGGAAAAGAGCAGCAACAAUGAAAGAGGAAGACACAGGGGAGCAGCAGCUGGGACAGCAGGAGGCAAGGAUGGGAGUUCCAGGAGGGAGCACCGUCACCUGGAUCCCAGCAUGGACAGCAGCUCUCGACCAAACCACCACUUCAGAGAUAGAAGUCAAGGCAGCGGGAAGAAUGGAGCUGGAAGAUUUGUCAGUCGGGAAAACAGCAGAGACAAAGAUGUGGAAAAGGCUAAAAGUGGGAAUAAAGACAGGCAACGAAAAGACAGUGGCAGUCGAGAUGGAAGCGUAAAUCAAUGGAGGAGCAAACAUCAACAAGAGGGGCAUAAAGAUUCACAACCUGUCGGCUCCAGGACUCAGAACCCUGCAUCUAAACCUGAGCAGGGUAAAGUUCCCACGCACAAACCCAGACCUAACCCCUGGUUCAAAAAGAGGGAUGCUGAGGAGCAGGGAGGUUAUCACAGGAGUACAACAGGACCAGAGGAACAGCCAAGGGACAGAAGUAGUGGUGGAGGGCAGAGGACGGGGCUUCAUUCCCAGCCUUGCAGCACCACUCAACCCCCCAACCCGUGGCAGGUAACUGGAGCCAGCAGGCAACCUCCUCCACCUGGAAGCUCCCUGCCUGUCGGAAAACAGCAUGAGGCCACACCAGUGAAAUCUCUUCAGAGACACUGGGAGACCUUCCCCGUCUGCAGUACCUACCCCGAGCCACCAGGGGCCAGCACACCCUUUGACUUCUCAGUGAUGUCCUACAACAUCCUGUCUCAGGAGCUGCUGCAAGACAACGCCUACCUGUACAGACACUGUAACCCCACCGUCCUGCCCUGGGAGUACCGGCUGCCCAACCUGCUGGCAGAGAUCCAGCAGCACAACGCUGACAUUCUGUGUCUGCAAGAAGUCCAGGAGGACCACUUUGAAAACCAGAUUAAACCUGCUCUGCAGACACUAGGUUACCAGUGUGAGUAUAAGAAGCGAACAGGAAGGAAACCGGACGGUUGUGCUAUCAUCUUCAAAUCGUCCCGCCUCUCCCUCCUUUCCUCCAAUCCCGUUGAGUUUUUCCGUCCCGGUGACGCCCUCCUCGACCGGGACAACGUAGGAUUGGUUGUGCUGCUGCGACCUAACAACGGCCUCGACCAGUCAGAUCCCUCCGCCUUCAUCUGUGUCGCCAACACCCACCUCCUCUACAACCCCCGCCGCGGUGACAUCAAGCUGGCUCAGCUCGCCAUCCUUUUGGCCGAGAUCAGCCGACUGUCCUGCCGUCAGGAUGGGUCAACCAAUCCGGUUGUGCUCUGCGGAGAUUUUAACUCCACACCCUGGAGUCCGCUUUACAGUUUCCUGACCACAGGCUGCCUGGACUACAGAGGUUUACAGAUCGGCAUGGUGUCUGGUCAGGAGAACAGUCCCAGAGGUCAGCGUCUCCUCACGUGUCCAGUCUGGUCUCCCACCUUGGGAAUCAACCAUCAGUGUCAGUACGAGACCAAACCCACUGCUGAGUCGUCCCCCACGAGUCCCACAGCUGUGGAAGGAGCCAUCUCUAAUCUGACAGUAGCAGAUCUCUCCACCAAAGCUGCUGUUGCUUUUAACAGAGCGAGGAUCGAGCACAGCCUGAAGCUGCAGUCGUCCUAUCAGCACCUCCUGAUGCCUGAUGGGAGACCUGAGAUCACCACCUGCCACUCACGUACAGCCAUAACCAUGGAUUACAUCCUGUUCACGCCAGAAAUCACCAUCUCUCCUUCAUUUCCUGGUGGCUGGGGCCUCCAGCUGUUGGGCAGGCUGUCGUUGGUUGGCCAGUCAGAGCUGGAGGAAGUCAACUGCCUGCCCAAUCAGCACCACUCGUCUGACCACCUCCCUCUCCUCGCUCGCUUCCGCUUACGGCGCUGACCCGGUGUCGUCGAACAACUGAUCAGAGCAGCUCUCGCGCUGCGCGAUGACUGGUGCAGCUCAGGGAAGACGGGAGCAUUUAAGAUGUGUGUUGAAAAAUUAAUGCACAAAAUAAUCAAAAUUAAGCUUAAAAAAGAGGAUUUAAGUCAGUAUGUGCACAUAGUUUGGUCGGCGAGUUUCUAAUCUGCAGGGAACAAGCAUCUAUUUUUAACGCUAAGACUGUGAUGUCCAAGAAAUAAAAAAUAUAAAUACUCUGUAAUAAGCAGAUUUAUGAUUUAUUAAAAACUACAGGAAAACCCCACAGCGUUGCUAAACAACUAAAAAUACUAACAACUUUUCAGAAAUAGAAAAACUUCUACGUCUAACUGUUCACUUGCUUCACGGUCUUUUCUUGCUUUAAAACUGACUGACUUAAAGGUUUUACAUGUAAAUAAAGUUUUCUUUUUUAUUGCUGGACGAGUUUAUUUUUACAAAUCUGGAACAUUAACACUUGAAGAUAAAGUGCUGCUGAUGAGGAAAUUUACUUGAUAGCUUUAUUUGGCCAUGAUAAGUUAAAUUAUCUUAAACAAAUUUAAACUUGUACAUAAUCUACAAAUAACAAGGAUUUGUAUAUUUUUCUAUCAUUCUGGAAAUACAUGUUCAGUAAUGAUUACAGUUUCUAAAUAAAAUGUGUUUUUACAUGUG